AUGCCACCGUGCCGCGCGAUCAACAUCGACUUUAGCGAUCCGGACACCCUGGUUGCUGUAGGGGGGGCUCUACUGGGAGUGGCCCUGGGGGUGGGUGUCCCUGCCUUUUACAUCUCGCGGGACCGCCGCGACGAGCAGCGCCUGGAGGAGCUCCGCGAGCUGAACAGGAACACCAAGAUGCAGACUGGGGAGUACAUGACCAAGGUACAUGGGCGAGAGGAGAUUGCUGCGUUCAGGAGACCCCGGUGGACAGACGGGCGCGACUUCGUGGAUGACGACUGA